GUUCUCCAUUCUAGCAUUGGAGUUUUGGUGGCUUUGCCGGAGAUGUCAUCAUGGGCCCCGUCACAGUAACUGAGGCUCUGAGGCAGCAGCUGAAAGCCCUUUGCUUGAAUUCCUUUCCCUGUGGAUCUGGGAGCUGGAAUAAGUCUCACCUGGAAGCUGGAAAAAGAACUCCCGUAGACACUUACUGGGAAGAAGAUGACCCAAAUGAGGAGAACCAGGACACUCUACAUGAUCUCCUGAACCAGCCGAACUCGCCUUGGGAACCUGAUGACACGUGCAAUUCUGAAGUUCAGCACUUGAGGGAACUGGCAGUCAAAUAUCCAGAAAGACUCACUGACCAGAUCAUCUGUUCUCACUUCAAGAGACUCAGAAUAGUUGAUAAAGAGGUUACUGAAGUAGACAGACAGCUGCUUAAAUUUCAGAACCUUGAAGAACUUGUGCUGAGUGCAAAUAAGUUAAAAACAGUACACUCUGGUAAUCUUCCAAGAAAACUCAAGAUCUUGGAACUAUGUUCUAACCACAUUUCAAACUUUAAAGAUCUAAGUAUAAAUCCACCUCCAUUGUUACAACAUUUGGGACUUGCCUAUAACAGAAUUCAGUGCAGCUUAGAGAGUUUGUUCCCGACAACAGAUAUCUGGCCAAAUUUGGUCUUUCUUGACCUUAGUUACAAUGAUCUUACUGAUCUCUUCAACCUAGUCUCUAGAAUUUCUACCUUACAAAGUCUGCGUGUGCUUACCCUGCAAGGAAAUCCACUGACACUGAUCACCACAUAUAGAGGCUACACGAUAGAUUGUUUGCCAAAUUUAUGCGUUCUGGAUGAUAGCUUAAUAUUGCCAGAUGAAAGAUAUAAAUUUAGUGGACUAUCUAAAAAGAAAGAAGCACUUGAGAAUAAAGCAAAGUUUUAUGUGCACAUAGGGAAAGUACAAGGUAUUUCAAACCCAAAUGCGCACACGGAACAGAACUCAGGGGACUAUCCCUUAACUACAGUCACUUAUCAUGUGUGCUAUGAAUUCAUUGAGGAUCAGCCCAGCAGUGACUCGGAAGAGUACCAGCCACAUACAUACAACCAGCUGCAACAGGUGACCGCCGAAGGGAAUGUAGAACAACUUCACCCUCUGAAUCUUCACACCGGUCUUUACAAAACAGCGGGAUCACUUUGGAAUGAUAGUAUAGAGUAUGAGUAUGUCAUGGAGCACACAUCUUCAGAUCUAUUGGCUUUAAAGUCUUUUCUUCUCUCUGGAAUGAAGGUGACGGUCACAGAGGAAAAGAUCCUCUCAUGGCCCAAAGAUCCAGAAGAGAAUUCUGUUGUAUCAAAACCUGACAAACAAGUUGGUGGGACGGAGAAGGAAAAAGACAAGGCCAGAAAUAGCGCUCGAGGAAGUAAAACUGAUGGGAAGAGUAAGAAGAAAAAGGAUAAUCAAGUUGAACUUCAUCAUGAUCCCCCAAUCGUGAAGACUCUUGGAUCUGCUGUAAUGACUUUAAAGAGUCUUGUCUCUGGAGAUAUGCAAAUAUCUUCUGUUUGUAACUUGGAGCCAUUUUACAGCAACAUAGAGCAACAGCAAGCAAAUGACAAGAGCCCUGAAAAAAGCAACAAAACCAAGGAGCGUAAGCUGAAAAGUGGUAGAGAACAAGCUCCUAAGACAGCUCGAUCAACAUCAGGAAAAGAAAAACAAAAAGAUACUGAAAUGAAACCAACCGAAGAGGACCCCGCUCCCCCUAUAGUAGCACUGACUGUAGAGGUUGAAGUCCAGCUUGUGUGCUAACAGUUGUUUGCCGUAUCCCGGCAAAGUGGCUCCUGACAACAGAUGGUAAUUUACUGCAGCAAAGGAGUUGUGGGAUUAAACUAAAUAAAGUAUCGGAAAGUAUGUCACAAGAUAACAAACCAUUGCCAACCUGUCAAGUCCUGCACCCUUUCUCCUCUGGUGUCUGCUGGCCCUUGUGUAUUUUUUCGGCAGCAAUGAGGUGUUCUACACCCACCUAAGUUCUGCAGCCAAUCAUAGGCCACAACAGUAAUACGAUCAUGUAUGGCACAUGACCGCUGAGGGUGUUGAUUGGCCACUCAGGUUAUAUUUACUUAUUUGUGUUUCCGCUACUCCAAACUACUGUAUUAUCUGUAACAGAAAUCUCUGCAACUAAUCUGCCAUGUGUGAAUUUAUCCUUAUACCCUCAAAAAACACUUUAAAUAUGUUUGAAUCACAUAAUGUGCACAAAUGCCAACAAUUGUUCUAAUGUUUACAUUCAGAAUACAGCAAUUGAUGCCAUAUUGUAUUUGUAGAUUUGUAAGUGUCAAUUUUUUUCAGUAGCGGGGAACUGCACAAAUCACAUCAUUUGACAUUUCUAAAAAAUCACAAUUGUAGAAUUAAGACAUUUGGGCUGAGCUUACACACCGAAUUUUGGUCAGUAUUUUUUUAGCCAGAACCAGCAGUGAAACGGUCACAGAGAAAAACUAGAAUGAAAAGACUUAUAAAUAUAAUGCGUGGCAACACUUUAUGUAUGGUAAAAUCUUCUUCCUCCCCAUCCCCAGAUGAAGUUCCUGCCUGCAGGGAUGUUAAGGAUAUUAAAGGAGUACUCCAGUGGAAAACAUUGUUUUUUUUU